AUGACUUCGUUUUGCUUGGGAAACUCAUACGAGCUGGUGCUUGCUGUAAAGACUAUAUUUGACAGAAGAAAUUUGCUAGUCGAUGCAAGCAGAACAUCGUUGCUUCUUGUAUUCUCAGGUGCCAUACUUAUGGUGUUCCAGGGUCAAGUGUACAAGAACAUUGCUCUUUCAAUAGUGGUUGCAUUAUCAAUGAUCGCAAUGGAUCCGACAAUAUGCACCAGAAUCGUGCAAAUCGAUCAAGCCGGGAUUCUUUCAAGCAUAGUCGAAAUUUUCAAUAGGGCAUUGCUAAGACAGCUGUUUUUCUGUGCAUUCUGCAUUUUCAUAGCACUAGUCACAAACGCAUGCAUGGCACCGAUUCUGUGGCUGAUCACUGCAAUUGUUGGGUCAUCGCUUGCAAAUAAGAUCUUUACGAGUGCUUUGGUCAAAACUGGAUCCGGAGAGAUUGUCUCGCAUCUUAUGUGUCUUUAUGUGCUUGUUUUGAUUGCAGAGAGGUUUAAGCAGGUCAAGAAUAUCUUAUAUGCAUCUUUCUUCAGUUUUAUUGGUGUAAUGCUGGUAUGGAUUGAUCUUGAGAUUAUUCUGAGCCGUGACUUGGGCGUGGAUGCAAUAAGUCACGUGAUUUGGAAGUCGCCCAUGAAGAUUUUCAAGAUACCUCAGGCAUAUCCGUUCAUUGCAUUGAUGGGGAUUGGAAUAGGCUUCCAGAUGAGGAUGAGAGGGUUGUUUGUUGCACUGAAGAAAUGGAGACGAAGAAUGGCCGUGGUUAUCAGAAGGAGCGAGAAUAAGAUAAUAGAGGCUUGA